AUGGUUAUCGAGCAAAGGGUUAUUCUUGGUAAUGACAUUCUCCCGGAUUUGACUGCUCAUUUUCGAGAUUUCUACUCUAAGCCUCUUCGCUUUCGUGCUCCGUUGCCAGACUUUCACCUCUCCUCCCUCUCUGUCUCGUGUGUGAUCUCUCUUGAGCGGCCUUUUCUGCAUCAAGAGAUAAAAAACGCUGUCUGGACCCUUGGUUUUGGUAAGGCGUCCGACAUUGAUGGUUUCCCUAUUGAAUUUUUUCGCACUAUUUGGGAGGCUUGUAGCGCUGAUGUGUUUACGUUUUAUGAUGAAUUUGCCUACAACUCCAUCUUUCUUAAAGAAUUUAAUCGAGCCACCUGCGUCUUGGUGCCUAAGUGUCCUAACCCUACGGACGUCACCCACUUUCAUCUGAUCUCCAUCUUAGGCACACCUUAUAAGAUUAUUGCUAAGUUGUUUUCCUUACGGCUUGCGCCUGUUUUGCCUUCUGUCAUUAACCCCUUCCAGGUUGCUUUCAUCAAGGUUGGACAUCUUAAGGCCUUUGAUUCAGUUAGUUGGGAGUUCCUUUCUGACGUCCAUACCCGUCUUGCUUUUGGUCCAUCGUUUAGGCAGUGGAUCCUUUCGCUUGUUACUAGGCCCAGCUUGCAGUCUCCUUCAAUGGGUUGCAUGGUGAUUUCUUGUGUCUCGGUCGUGGCCUUCGUCAAGACCUUCUCCACCAUUCAAUAUGUUGACGACUUUUUCCUGUUUGGCACCGCUACUCGCCAACAGAUUGUGAGAAAUUGGCUCAUCCUUCGGUUUUUUGAGCUCAUAUCGGGUCUUUCUAUUAAUUCUUCUAAGUGUCAUCUUUCCCUCAUCCACGCGGAUCCGGCCACGGUACUUCUUGCAGAAGCUUGCUUUGGGUGUAAGGCUGUUGGUCUACCUAUGGACUAUUUAGGUCUUCAGAUUUCGUUGUCGCCUCCUGUGCCCUCCUUUUGGGAUGGAGUGGAGAAGAAGCUUGUUGAUCGCCUUCAGUGUUGGCAGAGAAAGCUGCUUUCUCUCCCAAGUCGUAUUAUUCUUGCUAAACACUGUCUUCCGUCUGUCUCCGUCCAUGCUCUGUCAGUCUUUCGACCUGUGCCUGUUCUGAAUAGGUUUGACAGAAUCAUUCGUAAUUUCAUCUGGGAUGAUGAGCGGCCUUUGGAUCGCUUUGCGCGCUGGGAUAUGGUUGUCUUUCUGCGUCUUCUUGGAGGUGUUGAGAUUACCAACUUUAGUCGGGCUUGUGAGUCUUCUCUGUGUUCUUAG